ACAAUGAGCAGUGAGCUGUCAUUGGCUGAAUCUUUACCGGAUACUCUGUUGUGUGUGUUGGUGUGAACUGAAACUUCAGUGACACAAGUUGCAGUUUCAAGAUGCACAUGCACAAGUGCUGUUUAAUCUUGCUCUUCAUUUGUGUGGAAGGUGUGUUUGGUGCUGCUCCAGAUGUAAUGAAGUCGGUGACUGAGGGAGAUUCUGUCACUCUAAACACUGAUGUUACUGAACUACAGAGAGAUGAUCAGAUACUGUGGAUGUUUGGACCUAAAGAGACUCGUAUAGCUGAAAUCUAUAAGCUUGUGAUUGAUAUGUUUAACAGUCAUGAGAUAUUUGGAGACAGACUGAAGCUGGACAAUCAGACUGGAUCUCUGACCAUCAGAAACACCAGAAGCACAGACUCUGGGCUUUAUAAACGACAGAUCCGCAGCAACAGAGGGAACUCAGACAAGAUAUUUAAUGUUACUGUCUAUGCUCAUCUUCCUGUUCCUGUCAUCAGCAGAGACUCUUCACAAUGCUCUUCAUCCUCCUCAUCCUCAGAGCAGAAUUGUUCAUUGGUGUGUUCAGUGGUGAAUGUGGGUCAUGUGACUCUCUCCUGGUACAAAGGAAACAGUUUAUUGUCCAGCAUCAGCGUGUCUGAUCUCAGCAUCAGUCUCUCUCUACCUCUGGAGGUGGAAUAUCAGGAUAAAAACAGCUACAGCUGUGUGCUCAACAAUCCCAUCAGCAACCAGACUCAACAUCUGGACAUCACUCAGCUCUGUAAAUGUCCAGACUUUCCCAGCAGUUCUUCGAGUGUGACGCCAUCGUUGAUUUAUGCUGUGGUGGGCGUGGCCUCUGUCGCUCUGCUUGUUUUUUUACGUCAGAUCUAGAAUGGGCGUGAACAAGAAAAAGCCAGCAUCACAACCUCACUCACGCCAUUCUCUUCUGCAGACACAAGGAGGCAGUAACUCAAAAUUGUUCAAUCGAAUUCACAUCCACUUUGUAAUGUAAAAUAGAGCAAACGUGCUUCUAAUACAGUGGUUCUCAAUUUUUUUAACUACUCAUUUAAAACUGUGUUUCACCAUUUUAAAGAGGCAGUGUGUCAUAACCAAAUAAAUUAAGGUGAUUCUAAAAAUCAUAAUUUACUCACCCUCCGGUCUAAUUAACACACUGAAUUUUAUUUACAAAUUGUAUUAAUUUACAAACACAUUGAAAGUCACUAACCUAAAGCAUGAACAAACACCUUCAUAAACAGUGUUGUAAUUGUAGUUAAAUUUCAAACUCUUUAUUUUUGGAAAUAACCGACUUCUCAGUUUCUGGAACAUUGGGAUUUCUAUACAAAUACUAAUGACAAUGAAAAGGGGAAAACAAAAAGAGGGGAAAAAAUCAAGGUUUAACACAAACAAACAAUACAGAUCAGGGUUAAAUUUCAUCAGAUGCAGCACAAAGCCUGUGGGAGUAAAGCGGUAUAGUGUAGGAUGAGACAUGUAAUGACUUGCAGUGCUAUGAUACAGGGCAGAAUGAUAAGAAUUACUGGAAUGACAGCAUGAGUUGGGGCAGAGUCCUGUGGCUUCACAUAAAAACCCUGAGGACAUGAAUAACUGCCAGUUAUUCUGUGUAUCAGACAAGCUGAAAGAGCAUAAACAAGGCAUGCACGUUUCUAC